UAUAAACCCGCCUCUCUCUCUCUCCAACAGCUACUGCGAAAACCCUACCGCUCUUUCAUCCCGCCGCCGAAUCCACCCCGAAGCCGUAGCUCGAAUCCGCCAUGAUCUGUGCGAUCUCCGGCGAAGUGCCGGAGGAUCCGGUGCUCUCCAAGAAAUCUGGGCUACUCUUCGAGCGGCGAUUGAUUGAGCAUCAUAUUGCGAGUCAUGGGAAAUGCCCCAUCACUAAGGAGGAGCUCACCAUGGACGAUCUUAUACCCGUGAAGACAAAUAAGGUGGUGAAGCCCAGACCUCUGCAAGCUGCAAGCAUCCCUGGGUUGCUAGGAAUGUUUCAGAACGAAUGGGAUGCUUUGAUGUUGUCUAGUUUUGCAUUAGAGCAACAAUUACACACAGCAAGGCAAGAGCUAAGUCAUGCCUUGUAUCAGCAUGAUGCUGCAUGCCGCGUUAUUGCAAGAUUGAAGAAGGAAAGGGAUGAAGCCAGAAUGCUUUUGGCUCAAGCUGAGAGACAGAUUCCUUUGUUAGCAGCUUCUGCUGCCAAUGCGACGACUGCUGUCAGCAAUGGGAAAAGAGCUGCAGAGGAUGAUUUGGGUCCUGAUGGGAAGAAAAUUCGGCCUGGUAUUAAUCCUGUUAUUAUUGCAGAACUUACAGAUUGUAAUGCUUUGCUUUCUGGACAACGGAAGAAGCGGCAGAUACCAACAACACUAGCUUCAGUUGAUGCGCUGGAGAGAUACACUCAGAUCUCUAGUCACCCCCUUCACAAGACCAACAAGCCAGGCAUUCUUUCUAUUGAUAUUGAUGCUUCCAAGGAUAUAAUUGCUACGGGGGGGAUUGAUACAAAUGGAGUACUUUUCAAUAGGGCAUCAGGCCAGAUGUUAUCUACACUCUCUGGCCACUCAAAGAAGGUUACCAGUGUGAAAUUUGUGCCUGGUAAUGAACUGAUUGUAACUGGAUCAAGUGAUAAGACUGUUCGUGUUUGGCAAGGGACUGAAAACGGGAAUUAUGAUUGCCAACAUGUCAUGAGGGACCAUACUGCUGAGGUACAAGCUGUCACUGUACAUGCUACUCAAAAGUACUUUGUGACUGCUUCUAUGGAUAAUACUUGGUGUUUCUAUGACCUUUCAACUGGAUCAUGCCUCACUCAGGUUGGCGAAGCUUCAACGGAGGAGGGCUACACUUCAGCUUCCUUUCAUCCUGAUGGGCUCAUCCUUGGAACAGGCACCACUGGAGCUAUUGUUAAAAUUUGGGAUGUCAAAUCUCAGUCAAAUGUUGCAAAAUUUGAUGGGCAUGUGGGAUCGGUGACAGCUAUGUCGUUCUCCGAGAAUGGUUAUUUCCUUGCGACUGCAGCUAUGGAUGGUGUGAAGCUUUGGGAUCUUAGGAAGCUAAGGAACUUCAGAUCCUUUGCUCCCUAUGAUCCAGAGACUCCUACAAACUAUGUGGAGUUUGACUUAAGUGGGAGCUAUCUUGCUAUUGCGGGCUCUGAUGUAAGGGUGUACCAAGUUGCUAAUGUGAAGCUCGAGUGGAAUCUUAUCAAGAUAUUGCCUGAUUUAUCUGGAACAGGGAAAGUGUCGUGUGUGAAGUUUGGAGCGGAUGCAAAAUACAUGGCAGUAGGUUCCAUGGACCGAAAUCUCCGGAUAUUUGGACUCCCGGGGGAUGAAUCAGAGGAGCCAAAAUCCCCAGAUCAUUAAUGACGAGCCAAAAUAUCCAAAUCAUUAAUGAACAAAGUUGCUAAAACUCUGUUACUGUCAAAUGAGUUUUGCCUGCAGCAGCAUUUUCUGGUAUUUAGGAGCAAACUGUCAAACGUUUGCUCACUGUCAUCAACACUACUCAAAGAGUCCUCGAAUGCAAGUAAAUUGACACCUGCUGGUGGGCGAUACUCCGAUUCCAACAAUGAAAUUAUGCCAAAUUGUAUUGUUUGUUUUGAGUCGGAGCAUUCAAGCUAACUUUUAAGGUUGAUAGCCGUUCCACUGGUGUCUGGUGGCUGUCAGGAUCAAGGGCGAGUGCUAGAGUCUUGUUGUUAGAGAUUGCCUAUGAUCAUAUGGUGUGUAAGUUGUAACUGUGUUAUUUAAAGAUGCGAUCAUAGGGUGACAUAGAUUGUGCUUGUGGUCGAGAGUGCCCGUGAUCAUAUUAACCCAUCAUGUCUUCUGUUGGAUGCUUGUAACCCACGUCAAUGUCAGAUCUUAAUGACCGAUGCCGUAAUUUCCUGAACUGUUUGCCGGGCAAUUAGAUGGUGUUGAUGAUGCUGAAAGACCAAUUUUCUGUAAGUUCCUUGGAGACUUGAUAAGUCUGGGGCUGCUGGUU